AAGCCGUGAUGGCUCAUUGACUCAAGGAUGAUACCCUCCAUCCGGUAAAACAAUACGUAGCUUUGCUUCUCAGCAAGCAGGGAGGAUGCCACACCUCGUGAUCGAGCGUUUCCGCCUCUUUCCAGAUUUUUUAACGUCGCCGCGCUCCACAGGACGCCUAGAGUCGAGGACAGAGAAUGCGAAGGCAGGGGCUUACUUGCUCGAGGCGGCCGGGGCGGCGGCCUCGUGCAUCUUUAUCGCAGGCAGCAUCUGUUUUGUGCCUCAGUACGCAGACAACAUAGCUACUCUGUUCGCUGGCUGCAUGUUGUUCAUCAUCGGCUCCGUAAUCUACUGUUUCAUAUGCACGGUGACCCUGAGCGAGGCGCUGCUCAGACGCUGCAGCAACUACGAGAUCUGGGAGAAUGCCAUGUACUUAGCUGGUUCUGCGCUGUAUGUCGUGGGGUCGGUGCUCUAUCUUCCAGCCAGGGUAGACAUCAUCGAGAUGAGCAUGAUGAGCAUAUCUCUGAGCCAGGUCUGCGCCCUCUCCAGUAUAAAGGACAGGCAGUACUACGGCACGGUGCUCUUCAUCGUUGGUUCGUUCUUGUUUGUCGUGGCCGCGUUCGUGAAUGCCCUGAACCCACGAAGGGCUGAUGAGACAAGCUCAAGGCUGGUGACUGGCACGACGUCUUGCUACAUGAUUGGCUCUCUGCUCUUUGCUGUGGGCUCUGUCACGUUCCUGCCGAGAUUUGGGUGUACUCCAGACCUCCUCGCUCUAGGCGCUUGGUGUUUUAUCUGGGGCAGCGCCUUCUUUCUGCUAGGGGACAUUUUGAGCUUCUGCCGUGUCAUCCACCAUUACAACAGCAUCGUUGACAAGGGCAGUGACCAACGAAGUCUGCUGGCGUAGUGAGAUCCAGGAACGCCUAUUCGAUGCAGUGCCGCGUCCGCUCCAUGCCAUCUUCGUGGCAUGAGUCGUCGAGAUGAUGAGGGGCGAAGGCAAGUUGUCAGCACCGCCAAGUCAGACAUCGGAUGCAGCGCCGCAGAAUGUUGCGCUGACGUGACCUCCCCAACGAAGCUUGGGUCCUGAGCGGUUGCUGGCCACCAGCUAGUCUAUCUCAUCUUCCUGCACGUGAUCAUCCUUGUGUUCCUCUCCUUCCUCCUGCUUCUCCUCCGUAUUUUGCUGUUGCUCCUCCUAUUGCCUCUGCUGCUCGUCUUCUCAACUUUGUGAAUCUCCAUCCGUUUCGAUCCAGCUGCCUGCGGCAAGCCUCGCCGCCGUGCCAGCGCAGCAGAGCAGCUUGAAGGAGGCCGGGUUGAAGACCCGCUCCAGUGGAGCGCCGUGCUUGAAUUGGCACGGGUAUUGAACACCCCCUCCUCGUCCGCAGCCUCGUCUCCUUGUUUCUUCCUCG